AUGACGCUUGGCUCAGGAGGAUCAAGUGUUGUGGUCCCUCGAAAUUUCAGGUUGCUGGAGGAACUUGAACGUGGAGAAAAGGGUAUUGGAGAUGGCACUGUGAGCUAUGGAAUGGAUGAUGGAGAUGACAUUUACAUGCGUUCUUGGACUGGAACCAUUAUUGGUCCGCAUAAUUCCGUGCAUGAAGGUCGCAUUUAUCAGUUGAAGCUAUUCUGUGACAAAGAUUACCCAGAGAAGCCACCAAGUGUUCGUUUCCAUUCACGGAUCAACAUGACUUGCGUCAACCAUGAAACUGGAGUGGUGGAACCAAAAAAGUUUGGACUUCUGUCAAAUUGGCAGCGAGAAUACACCAUGGAAGACAUACUGACACAGCUGAAAAAAGAAAUGGCAGCCCCACAAAACCGUAAGUUGGUCCAGCCUCCUGAAGGGGGAAUGCCUCAAAAAGCUUCUCCUAUUGCUUGUCAUGGCUUUCGAUCUUUUAAUCUGCUGUCUUUUCUCGGAAACUCUAACUCCUCGUCUUCUUUGGUCGGUUUGUUCCUCUCUUUAGUCAUAUCUGAUGUGAAAUGGCCUGAGGACAGAGGUUUAGUCUCUAGUGUACCAUGCCAUCCCCUGGUUGUGGGGUAUGCCAAAAUAGUAUCAUGUUUGGCUCGGCAGUUGAACACCCGUACAUUGGCUGCCUUCCUUAGGUGUUGCAGUGCCAUCAGGUAG